CCCCUCAGUCCAUCAUGGCGCAUCACCUCCCACCAGAGCUAUGGGCACAUAUUGCUCUAUACCUUGAAGAAGACCGCUUAUCUCUCACUAAAUGUGUACGCGUCUGCCGUCAAUUGCAGCCCGUCUUCGAGCGCUUGAUUUACCGCAGAGUGAAAGUGGAGAGUGAGGAACUUCAACCCAAAGAUGGAUUCAUACCUCUUGCUCGAUUCAAAUCUCUAGCGAACCAGAUGCGGCAAUCUUUUGUUCGCCGCGUGGAAUAUACAGUCGUCAUACCAUAUAAUAUUCCCGACUACCGAGCGACGAAGCUUGAGGGAUACAGUGAGCAGAACGCACUCAGAGACGCGAAUAACGAGGCUUUUCAGGCCGGCAUAUCAUCAUUGUUUGAGUUUCUCACAACAUGGAAAGAAGAUUCAAAGAUCUCUCUGGCUUUGGAAGUCCAGGGGCGAGUCAGAAUGCUUGAACCAGAAACCAAAGCAAACCAAAACGCUAAGGAGUGGCAAGGUGAGCUGCGUGGAGAACGUGUUACUCGUCCGUACCGCGCGCAAUUUCCCAGCGGGGACGCUUCGAUGUUGACUGAGGUUUCAUGCGUCGACCAUCUGAUCGUCCAAUACUUAUAUCGAUCGCAAGGGAUUGCGACUGGUGCCUUUUUGCAGAUCGCAGAGCGCUGUGCUGCUUUGCGGCGCCUGCACCUGGACAUGCCUGGCCAGUUGCGGCCGGAUCAUGUGGAAUAUAUGCGGGAGCGUAGGGAAGCACUUGCAUCGGGACUCUCAAGGCUCCCAUCGACCCUUCAGGUCUUCGAAUGUGUAGGCUGUUCUGAGCAGCCCUGGUCAAACACGCUUCCCGCUUUAGACUUGCGGUCGGCCAAGGGAAUCGACGAGCUGUCGUCCAGCUUGCGUCUUUUUUCGUGCAACCUGAGAGAACUAAGGUUAAGACUCAUGUCUGUUGACAUGGACUUUCUCUUUCCGCUUGACGAGCGCGGUAACCCUCUGCCCGACUCAUCUUCCCUGUACUGGCCGCACCUAGAGACUAUUGCCCUAAACGGCGUCGCGGAGUAUACACCGACUGGCGAAUGGCUCUUUGACUACGAGCUCGAAUCUGGCGACGAAGAAGACUUCCCCGACCCAGAAACCGGCGACGAAAUCUUUGAAUCGCGGUGGCUACGCGAAGAAUACGAGAUCUCCCGCGAGAAGAUGAAUACCGAGCACUUCCACCGCCUCUUCGUCUCCCUCGGGUACGCGUCGCACCGAAUGCCUGUUCUGAGACUGAUAACGUUCAGCGUCGCGGGCUCGCCGCGGACUAAGUUCACGCUUACUACUACUAGCGGUGCCUGGGGUGUGAUCGAGGAUUGUCAUGCUUCUACUCUUUCUCUUCCUUCUAGCAGUAGGCCGCUGCUGGGUUUCCGGUCCGAUUCCGCGUAUAGGCCUGAUCGGCGGGUUGCGGACGCGUGGGGGUUUGAGCUGGAUGAGAUGAAGGUUGUGGAUGAGGGGCCGCGGGAGGAUUACCAUUUUGUGGUUUGCUCGGUUACUUUGGAUCGGGCUCGCCUGGAUAGAUAGAUACAAGCGUGUCUCUUUGCCACAAUGCACAGGGGUUGUGUUCUCUGACACCAUCGAUGGCUUGCCCGUCCCCUCCGUUGUUUGCUAUAUUAGGAUGAUCAAGACUGUCCACUGGAUGUGGCUCGAUUAUCGUAAGUCUUCCGCGGAUAUAGUACAUCCACGGCCCUUGCGUGGUUGGCCUUUGAGAGCGCGGCGGAGUGAUCGGAGUCUCGAUAAGAGAUGUACCCUUUUGGUAUUAAUUUUUGGUUGGAACUCAUGGCCUUACUAGCUUGUGGAGGCUACUAACAACUGAAGAGGAAAUUGAGAGUUAAGAAUCUGCUGAUUUCAGGGAUAAUCCUAGUCAUUACAUAGUCCUUAUAUAACCCUUGUUGCAAUCAGAGUGCGUUUACCACCAAACGGAAAACGACCAGGAUGCCGUUUGUAUGUAUCGGGUAGCGGCGUACCUACACGAGAUUGGUG